AUGGAUAAUUACGAUCUGAUCAAGGCCAUUGGGGAAGGUGCCUUCGGGAAAGCAUUCUUGGCUAAAGGGAAAUCAGAUAGCAAGCACUGUGUUAUAAAAGAGAUCGAUUUUGCGAAGAUGCCCAUCCAAGAAAAAGAAGCUUCAGAGAAAGAGGUAAUUCUUCUGGCCAAGAUGAAGCAUCCCAACAUUGUAACAUUCUUCAGUUCAUUUCAAGAGAACAACAGGUUGUUUAUUGUGAUGGAGUACUGUGACGGAGGAGAUCUCAUGAGAAGGAUCCAUAGACAACGGGGAGUGUUAUUUAGAGAAGAUCAGAUUCUGAGUUGGUUUGUACAGAUUUCUCUAGGACUAAAAUAUAUUCAUGACAGGAAGAUCUUACACAGAGACAUAAAAGCGCAGAACAUUUUUCUUAGCAAGAACGGAAUGGUUGCAAAGCUUGGGGACUUUGGUAUAGCAAGAGUUCUGAACAAUUCCAUGGAACUUGCUAGAACUUGUGUUGGAACACCAUACUACCUGUCCCCAGAGAUUUGUCAGAAUAAGCCCUACAACAAUAAAACGGAUAUUUGGUCUCUUGGCUGUGUCUUGUAUGAGCUUUGCACACUCAAGCAUCCUUUUGAGGGUAACAACAUACACCAGCUGGUUCUGAGGAUUUGUCAAGCGCAUUUUGCCCCGAUAUCACCAAGGUUCUCCCGUGACCUGCAGGCCUUGAUAUCUCAGCUCUUUGAAGUAUCUCCCCGAGAUCGGCCGUCUAUUAAUUCCAUUUUGAAAAGGCCCUUUUUAGAGAAUCUUAUUGCCAAAUACUUGACUCCCGAGGUCAUUCGGGAGGACUUCAGUCACAGCCUCACACAUAAAGCAAGACCAUUGGCUUCUCAGCCUGCAGGGAAGGGGGUGCAAGAUUCUACGAUACAGAAAGCGAGAUUCCAGGGAAAGUGCCUACCAAGAUCAAGGCCAUCAGAGCCAAUUAAAAGGAAGGAGAUAUUGUAUAGAAAUGAAUGGAUCCCACCAGCUGGAGCUCAGAAGCCUGUAUCUAUAAAAAUGGUAGAAAGGCCCAAACUUGCUGCAAUGCAUGGACAUUAUGACUAUUAUUAUGCCCAACUUGAUGUGUUGAGGAAGAGAGUGCACGAACCAAGUUACCACUGUGUUCCUCAAAAAGAUUCUGGAGUUGAGAAGAAUUGUAAUCAGAAAGAAAGCCACAGUCCAUCACCAGGUCAAUGGCCUGCUGAAUACCUUCAGAGGAAAUUUGAAGCUCAACAAUAUAAGUUGAAAGUGGAAAAGCAGUUGGGUCUUCGUCCAUCUUCUGCUGAGCCAAAUCACAACUGGAGACAAAAGCCAAGAAGCAACAGAGAAGAGUCUCGAUUCCAGGAGCUGCAGAUCAGGAGAAACGAAAUGAAGGACCAGGAAUAUUGGAAGCAGUUAGAGGAAAUUCGCCAACAGUACCACAACGACAUGAAGGAAAUUAAGAAGAAGAUGGGGAGUGAACUGGAGGAGGACUCAAAAAUAAGUCAUAAAACCUAUUUAGUGAAGAAAAGCGACCUGCCCGUCCACCAAGAGGCCCCCAAGGAAGAAGCGCCUGCGCAGGACAUUGAAAGAGACUUGAAACAAAUUAGAGUUCAGAACAUAAAGGAAAGUAAAAUUCUAGAACAAAACUGUAAAGCUAAGAGAGGGGUGAAGUUUGAAAUUAGUUUAAACCAAUGUAUUUCUGAUGAAAACACCCUCCAAGAGGAAGAGGCAAUGGACGUGCAAAAUAAAACUCUGACCUUUGAGCAUGGCAUGAAGCUUAAGGAAUAUAAGUGUGUGACGGAGUAUGAAGAUUAUACAGACAAAGCAUUUGAAGAACUCUGUGGCCCAGAAGCAGGUACGUACACUGGGGCCGCUGCAGAGAGCAGGAGACGGUGGGAUGCGCCAGCUCCUCAGACUGUGCUAGAGAUGAUGACAGCAGGUGACAUCACCUCUACCUGCACCACUGUGCCCGAGGGUGGCCAAGGGACGGUGACCGAAGGCAUUCCAGAAAAUAGGAGACGGUGGCAGCACGAAGUGCCAGGAGCUUUAAUGAGCGCUUUGGCUGCAGCACGUCUAACAAGUAGCUCGUUUUCUGCCCACGAAGGCGAAUUGGUGGGAACAUUAGAACAAUGGCUUCCUAAAGAAGAUGAGGGGAAUAUGGAAAUGGCCUCUGGCAUUGAAGUAGAUGAGGAACAACCAAGAUCUGACGAUGAUGAUACGAAUUUUGAAGAAUCUGAAGAUGAGUUGAGAAACGAAGUAGUAGAGUCCCUGGAAGAACUUGCUACUUCCAAAGAGGAAGAAAAAAGAGAAGAGGCUCCUGGUUUCACUAAGGGUGCUGAAAAGUUUGGAGGAGAGGGGAUAGGCACCCAGAAAUAUGCAGAAUUAAAUGAAGGUUUAGAGAAUAUUUCUAUUCGAGCUAAUGACAAAGUAUGCAUUGCUGAUGAAAACCGAGAAACAUCAACAACCCAUCAAAAUAUACAAGUGUGA